GCCGCCUUGCUCUGUAGACCCCUCUGGCCCCCUCCGCACACCAGACCUCGCCUGGACGAUGUCGGUUUCACCCUGCACCUUUGUGUGCACUGUCCCUGCUUCCUGGGUGAACCACCUGUGAGUGCCGGAAAACCCAGCCAGAACAUGUCCUUCGGGACAUUUUCCACUCUCGCCCCAUCCCUGCCGAUCCCCGCAGCAUUUGCUGGACGGGACGCUCCUGCAGGCCCUGGGCCUUUCUGAGGCUUCUGUCUGCUCUCCCUCUGACGGGGCCUGGCCUAGGAGACACCGAGUUAUCUGUUGAAGGAAUUAGAUGCAUGUGCUGAUGUCAGGAAGGCCAGUGUGCUGGAGGGGGCAGGCCCCAUGACCUCUCAGUGGCGCUGCCCCUGGUCGCCCUGAUUGCUCAGUCAUGGAACAUCUGGGAAUGUCUGAGGAGAGGCACUUACAUGUUGGCAGCCUUUUAGCCCUAGACGUCCCCCUAAAAGAGGCUGGUAUCCCCCGGUCGAGCGAUUCCUUGGUUUUGAGAAGGAAGGAUGUUUUCCCAGGAUGUGGGGAGUUUGAGGUGCGGCAUGUAGAUGGAGCCCCUGUCCUUGCUGUGAGCUCUCCCUGGUGGCCCAGGCCUGGUGGGCCACGGGGUACAGAGGUGGGCAGGGGACUGGUCACGGGUGGUGGAGUGAGUGGCACUGAUCCAAGGGGCCCUGAGUGCCUGGGGUCUGGGAGUGAGUCCCAUGGGGCCCGAACGUGAGGGACCCAGGCAAGGCCGACCUCCUGGAGUUAGCACACGGGAUCUCACGAGCUGGUGAGAGAACAGGCCGUCCACCCGAGGGGUGGGUGGGGAACAACACAGCCGUUGGACCGGCACGUCCCCGCGCCUGCGUGUACGAGGCUGACUCAGGUGCUGGCCAGGUGGCCGUGCGGCAGUUUCUUUAAUGGCAUUCAGAUUCUGCAGUGGGUGAGUCAGGCGUGCAGGUGUGGGUGCCGCGCAAGCAGAGUGAGUAAGGAGGGACCUGUGUCCACGUCAGUUAAGGCAGCAGUCGGUUCUAGGAAAGUCAGGAAUGCUGGGUAGUCGUGGAACCUGAGGCUGAGUAGAUGAUGAGGGGUGCAGAGGUGGACAUGAGGGUCCUCUGAGCCAGACAACGGGCAGAAGGGAACUGUCCACAGAGACUGGUGUCUGACAUUCCGAGGGGACCACACGCAUCCGCCAGGUGUUCAAAAGGCCGUCAUCUCUUCCAGAGUUUAGAGACUCCUGCCAGCUACCAGGACAGAUGGGGAAUAGCAAGAGCCUCUCGGGGCAGAGUCUCUCCCCGCGGUUUCUUCCUGCGGAGCAGGCCGAGAUCGACAGAUUGUUUGAUGGUCUGUCGUCGGCGGAACUCCGCUCCAGUACCUCGCCCAGAUCCUUCUCUCUGCAGGCACUGAAGAGCCAUGUGGGGGAAGCUCUUCCCCAAGAGAUGGUCACCAGACUGUUUGAGGGCAUGCGGAGGGUGGACGUGACUGGGAAGACCAAGGGGCCCAGUGAGCGCAUCUCCCAGGAGCAGUUCACAGUGUCCAUGUCCUACCUUUUGAAAGGAAAUGCUGAGGAGAAGAGUCUCGUGAUCCUGAAAAUGAUUUCUGCCACAGAAGGUCCCGUGAAAGCAAGAGAGGUCAAAAAGUUUACAGAGGACCUGGUUGGCUCUGUGGCACACGUGCUAAACUACAGACAGGAGCUGAGAGGCUGGACUCAGAAGCAAGGCCCAGGCUCCCUGUCCAGGGUGCAGGUGCUGGCUGCUCAGCUGUGCUCCGAGAUGAAGCUUCAAGGCGGGGAGAAGCCUCUGGGGCCUCAGCGGCUGGAAUGUGACCGCACCACAAUUGAGGACUGGGUGUUCAGGGCUCCCCACGUGGCCACGUUUCUGAGCGUGGUCAUCCACCGAGGCUUCCUCCUCCCGGGCUCGUCCCUCCAUCUGGCCACCCUGGUCCCCGAGCGCCGAGUCGACCAGGGACGGGAGUUUGCGAGCGUCCUGGAUGUCCUGUCCGUCAUCUACAUCAACUCCCACCUGCCCAGGGAGCAGAGGCACCACUGGCGCCUGCUGUUCUCAUCCGAGCUCCACGGGCACAGCUUCGCCCAGCUCUGCGGGCGCAUCACACACUGCGGGCCCUGCGUGGUGCUGCUCGAGGACCACGACGGCCAUGUGUUCGGUGGCUUUGCUUCCUGCUCCUGGGAGGUCAAACCUCAGUUCCAAGGGGAUGACAGGUGCUUCCUGUUCUCCAUCUCCCCCAGCAUGGCCGUGUACACCUCCACGGGCUACAAUGACCACUACAUGUACCUGAAUCAAGGGCAGCAGACCAUCCCGAAUGGACUGGGCAUGGGAGGGCAGCACAAUUAUUUUGGCCUGUGGAUCGAUGUCGAUUUCGGGAAGGGACACAGCAAGGCCAAGCCCACAUGUACCACGUACAACAGCCCUCAGCUCUCAGCCCAGGAGGACUUCCGGUUCGAGAAGAUGGAGGUGUGGGCGGUGGGAGAUGCUUCGGUGACACAGCUGGCCAAGAACACCAAGAGCGUUCUGGACGUGGACCCUACGGCCCAGGCCCUGCUGGAAGUCAGUGGGCGGAUUCGCCACAGCGAAGGGCUCCGGGAGGUGCCUGAGGACCAGUGAGGCGGAGCCCCCAGCACAGGCCUUCCUGGAGCUGGAGCACAGCCUGCAGACUGUGUUUACUUUAAUCCAGAGCGUGCUGGUCACGUCUAGGUGGUCCUGGAGGUGCCUAAUUGAAACAGAGUACAGUUCCUCUGAUGCUAUAUAUCAAUGGUGGGUGUGUCUCCCCCGAACUAUGUCCAAUUACCAGCUUGAUUCUUGGACUUUGCUCAUUUUGUACAGAUGAAAUCCAAAGACGAUGCUGAGACGUUUGAGGCCGACUGGAAUUAGCAGUGGUUGGGGAUUUGAGUUCUUGCUGGAGGGGAGGGGGGGUCCACUCACUGAGGGUCACUUGGCCUCUGCACAGGCCUCCCAGUUAAAAGCCUCGAUGUCCCAUUUCUACUGGUAAAGGGCAGAGGUGCUCAGAUGGGAAUCUCAACCCUUUGGGGAACAGCUUCCUCUGACAUGGAAUUUUUGUAUUUCGGAAAAAAAAAAAAAAAGCACAGGAGUGUACUAACGGGGGUAACAGCUGGAGAUUUUGAAGAUAACGGUGAUAUGGGUCUUCAGUAAGGUUCAGUAUCUGCCUUUCUCAGCUGUUUUUAACACAUUACUGACCAGAGACGUAUUAAUACGUCUUUUGUUAACCAAACAUCAUUGACCAGAGACGUUUCGGUAUUCAUUUACCUAACAAAUCGCCGUCCACAGGCGUUAGUUUCUGCAAAAAUCCC